UGGUUGUUGAAUGUGAAAAAAAAUAUGUAAUGAACGGAGGUUGUUGAUCCUUUCCAAAGAUUACAUGUUUCUGAGUUUUUGUCAGCAGAAAAGUUACUCUAAAGCCCUUGCAGCUUGAACAGUACGCAGCCAACAUUCUGCAGGUUGCACUUUGGAGCAGAACAAUCCCGGACAGUGCUUCCAGCUAUCUUCACAGCCAGGAUGUACAGAAGCACCAUGCUGAGUAAAGAUCUUCCUGACAUUGAGAGUAUCCUGGCUCUAAAUCCCAGGGUGAAGAUUCACGCUCAGAUCAUAUCCACAACAACCAAGAAGAAAGAAAAAAAACACUGGAAGAGAAAUCCUGAAAGGAACUGUGAUUCUUGUGUAAAGUUGGAGAACAACUUUGAUGACAUCAAACACACAACACUGAGUGAACGUGGAGCUCUUCGAGAAGCACUGAGGUGUUUAAAAUGUGCUGAUGCGCCAUGUCAGAAGAGCUGCCCUACCAACCUGGACAUCAAGUCAUUCAUUACCAGUAUUUCUAAUAAGAACUACUAUGGAGCAGCGAGGGCUAUCCUCUCUGAUAACCCUCUUGGUUUGACCUGUGGAAUGGUUUGUCCCACUUCAGAGCUGUGUGUAGGAGGCUGUAACCUUUACGCCUGUGAGGAAGGACCCAUUAACAUUGGGGGCUUGCAGCAGUUUGCCACUGAGGUGUUCAGUAAGAUGGGAAUCACGCAGAUCAGGAAUCCUGAACUCCCACCAGCCAAUGAGAUGCCAGACUCUUACCACGCCCCUAUUGCUCUGAUUGGCUGUGGCCCUGCAUCAAUCAGCUGUGCAUCCUUCCUGGCACGUUUUGGAUAUGAUAAUGUCACCAUAUUUGAGAAAGAAAAGUACAUUGGAGGGCUGAGCACUUCAGAAAUCCCUCAGUUCCGACUUCCCUAUGAGGCUGUGGCGUUUGAAAUAGACCUGAUGAAAGAUAUCGGAGUUAAGGUGGUGUGUGAGAAGGGUCUGGGUAUUAAUGGAAUGACCCUGACAUCUCUGAAAGAGGAGGGAUAUAAGGCUGUCUUUAUUGGGAUCGGUCUCCCGCAGGCCAACAGAGCUGAAAUCUUCCAGCACUUAACUAUGGAACAAGGCUUCUUCACGUCCAAAGACUUUUUGCCCUUGGUGGCUGCAGCCAGUAAACCAGGUAUGUGUCAGUGUCGCUCUUCCCUACCUGACCUAAGAGGAACCGUGAUCGUUUUGGGGGCUGGUGACACUGCAUUUGACUGUGCCACCUCAGCGCUUCGCUGUGGAGCCAAGAGAGUUUUUGUCUGUUUCAGGAAGGGAUUCACCAACAUCAGGGCUGUUCCCGAAGAGAUGGAGGUUGCUAAAGAGGAGCAGUGUGAGUUCCUGCCUUUCCUGUCUCCUCGGGAGGUGGUAAUGAAGAACGGUCGUGUUGGUGGGUUACGGUUCUGUCGCACAGAGCAAACCAAGGAAGGUGAUUGGCUGGAAGAUGAGGAGCAAAUUAUUCAUCUGAAGGCUGAUUUCAUCAUCAGUGCGUUUGGAUCAGUGCUUAAUGAUCCCAAAGUGACUGAGGCCAUGGAUCCCAUCAAGAUGACACGCUGGGGUACUCCAGAAGUGAACACAGACACAAUGCAGACCAGUGAACCCUGGGUGUUUGCAGGAGGUGAUGUUGCUGGUUUUGCAAAUACCACAGUGGAAUCCGUGAAUGAUGGCAAACAGGCAUCGUGGCACAUUCACCGAUACAUACAGUCCCUCUAUGGACAGGCUGUGGACCCAGUUCCAAAGCUGCCAUUGUUCUACACCGCAAUAGAUCAGGUGGACAUCAGCAUUGAGGUUUGUGGAAUAAAGUUUCCAAAUCCAUUUGGUCUUGCCUCUGCUCCACCUACAACCAGCACUGCUAUGAUCAGAAGAGCAUUUGAGCAAGGAUGGGGUUUUGCUCUGACCAAGACAUUUGGACUGGAUAAAGACCUGGUGACCAAUGUGUCUCCCCGUAUUGUGCGCGGCACCAUCUCAGGCCCUGUCUAUGGACCAGGACAGAGCUCAUUCCUCAACAUUGAACUCAUUAGUGAGAAGACGGCAGCCUACUGGUGUCAGUCAGUUGCUGAGCUAAAGAAAGACUUUCCCAACAAUGUGGUGAUCUCCAGCAUAAUGUGUGGAUAUAACAAGGACGACUGGACAAUACUCGCCAAGAUGGCUGAGGAAUCAGGAGCAGAUGGCUUGGAGCUGAACCUGUCUUGCCCUCAUGGAAUGGGAGAAAGAGGGAUGGGAUUGGCAUGUGGACAGGACCCAGUGUUGGUGCGUAACAUCUGCCGUUGGGUGCGUGCAGCUGUUUCAAUUCCAUUUUUUGCUAAACUGACACCAAACGUUACCAACGUUGUUGACAUUGCCAAGGCUGCCCAAGAAGGUGGCGCAGAUGGCGUCACAGCUACCAACACUGUCUCCGGCUUGAUGGGACUGAAGGCUGAUGGUUCUCCCUGGCCUAAAGUGGGACUAGACAAACGCACCACGUAUGGAGGCCUUUCUGGUAAUGCCAUUAGACCCAUUGUACUUAGAGCUGUGUCGGCCAUUGCCAAGGCACUUCCUGGUUUCCCUAUUCUGGCUACUGGCGGUAUAGACUCAGCAGAGGCAGGACUACAGUUUCUUCAUGCUGGGGCUUCAGUUUUACAGGUGUGCAGUGCUGUUCAGAACCAGGACUUCACAUUGAUUGAUGAUUACUGUGUAGGUCUGAAGGCCUUGUUGUACCUGAAGAGUCUGGAGCUGAAGGACUGGAAUGGUCAGUCUCCUCCAACAGAGAGACAUCAGAAAGGAAAGCCAGUUCCGAGACUGGAUGAGCUGGUUGGAAUGAGGCUUCCUAGCUUUGGUCCCUACCUCCAGCAGAAGAAAGAAGCCAUAGCAGUACAAGAAACAGCUCCAAGUGCCUGUGACAUCAGUGGCAUGGAAGCCAAUGCCGCUCGUGUUAACAUGCAAAAACCUGUUCCCGCAGUUAAGGAUGUAAUAGCCAGAGCAUUGCGUUACAUUGGCGCAUACCAGGAACUAACAACACAGAAGCAGCAGGUCCAGGCCCUCAUAGAUGAAGAGAUGUGCAUCAACUGUGGAAAAUGUUACAUGACUUGUAAUGAUUCUGGAUACCAGGCUAUAAAGUUUGAUCCAGAGACUCACCUUCCAUUUGUCAAUGACAAAUGUACUGGCUGCACUCUGUGCCUCAGUGUCUGUCCAAUCAUAGACUGCAUCAAGAUGGUUGCUAGAACAAUUCCUUACGAACCUAUCAGGGGAGUACCAGUCAGUCCUGUCUGUUAAAGGAAAAUGGAAAACUUCAUUUAAAAUAAUAACUGCAUGUUGCCCGCGGGGAUCCACGGGCUCUAGAUUGGGUUGUGUUUAAUAUGCAUAUGUCGCGGACAUGAAUGAGCAAAGCUCGUCAGCAUUUCACCAUGUCAUUUAGGUUCUUCAGACUUUACUUUGAGUAAA